CCAGUCUUAAAGCUUAAAAAGUAAAAUAUAUUAAAUUACCGAGUAAUUUAUUGAAACGACUUUUUAAAUUAAAUUAUUACCUAUUAAAUACAAAGCUAAAUUUUGUAUGUUUGUAUGUGAUAAAAAUCAAUAGUGUAUAAUAUCUAUGUUUAAGGAAAAUAAAAUAUAUUUUAGGUACCUGUUGGAUUGUGUGUAAAGAGAUUUUAAAAUUUAUAAUAAUUACUAUUACUUAUUCCUGAGUAAAUUUGACUGAACUUAAUUGGUAAGAAUAUUGUUAAAAUAUUUUAUAUUUAAUUAGAUAUUAGUAUUUUAGAUUACCUAUAUAUCUUUGAAUAUUAUGUAUCUAUUCAAGUGCCUAUGUAGUAAAUAAAAUAAAUUAAACCUUAAUAAAUCACCGUUUAAUAAAUUAAACUUUUGGGAAAAAAUGUGUUCUAAAGAAACCUAAAUUAUUGAAAAUAUCAAUAUUUGUGAAAUAAUGUACUGUAGAAACCAUUUUAUCUGAUGUUUUUUGAUAAAUACCUAGUCUGAUUUCAAUGCCUAAUUAAUCUUUUUUUCGAGUAAUCUUAAACAAUGCUUCCCACCUACAUAAUUCAUUUCAUUGAACAUACUUUAAAGGUGAGACUUUUAUUAUGUAUUUUCUGAUGUUUUUCAUUUUUAAGUCAUAUUUUUAGUUUUAAUGGCUUAAUGCAUAUUUGUACAUUAUGCAACUUAAAAAUGUAAAUUUAAAUAAUUCAAUUUUUUUUUUACAAUAAAUAUAAUUACCCAGGUACCUAAUAAGAAUAAUACAUUUUUUUUAAAUAAUUUAUUUAAUUAGGUCAUUAUUUUUUUAGAACAUUUUAAUUUUUUGGUUUUAAUUCAUUUAAUCCAGGUCCUAUUGAUAAGUAAUAGUUAAAAACUAAUUUGUAAUGUAAUCAAAUGUUGUUUAAACCCUUGUUUUAAAAUAAUAAUAAUAAAAGAAAUUUAGUGAACUUUAUGAGCAUAGAAAUUCUUUAUUAGGUAUAAUACAUCUACUAUUUUAUUUUAUCUUAAAAUAAAUAUAUAUAUAUAUUAUCUUCUCACAAUACGAUAUUGUAUAUUCAAUUGACUAAUGUUUAUUAUAUUAAGCAUUUCAUGUCAAGCUAACUUGAUAUCAUUUUUUAGGAAAUUUUUAAAAUGGACAACGAAACUGAAGUAAAAGAAUAUCGUUGGGAAGGUGGAUAUGAGAAAACAUGGGAAGAGGUGAAAGAAGACGAAGGAGGAAAUGUUGAAUGGUCUGUUAAAGAAAUUAUUGAGAAAUCCAAGCGGUUGCUAGCAACUCGUCAACCUAAUGUUCGCCUGGGUAUGAUGCGACAUUUAUUUGUAAUUAUAGAUAGUUCAAACUCAAUGCUCGAAAAGGAUUUAAAACCAACCAGACAAUUGUGCACUAACAAAUUACUGCAAGACUUCAUUCAAGAUUAUUUUGAUCAAAAUCCAAUUAGUCAGCUUGGAUUGAUAACUACAAGAAAUUCAUCAGCUGAAAGGAUAUCAGAAUUAUCUGGUAAUAAAAAGUAUCACCUUGAAGAGUUAAAAAAGACUUUUGGGGAUUUUAAUUAUUGCAAUGGGCUUAUGUCUGUACAGAAUUCAUUAGAAAUUGCAUUGUCAUUUAUGAAAAUGUUGCCUUCCCAUACUAGUCGAGAGAUACUUAUAAUUGGAUCCAGUUUGAGUUCAUGUGACCCUGGUGAAAUAGAAUCUACCAUAGAAUCACUUAAAUUAAGUAAUAUUAGAGUAUCAAUGAUACAUCUAGCUGCUGAAGUACGAAUGUUUCGAAAUUUAUGUAAUGAAACCAAAGGCAAGCAUAAUGUUAUUGUCGAUGAUGUACAUUUUAAACACAUUCUUUGGUCUUUGGUGGAACCUGUUCCUCUGCCAAAUUCAGUUGAUGCUUCAUGUGUAAAAAUGGGUUUCCCUCAAGAGUUAGAACAAAAACCACCAUUUACUACAUGUUCUUGUCAUUUAGCAGAAGGUGGCAAAUUAAAUGCGAAAGGUUUUUUUUGUCCCCAAUGUAAUAGCAAGUACUGUGAACUGCCGGUAGAAUGUAAAUGCUGUGGUCUUAUACUCGUUUCUUCUUUGCAUCUAGCUAGAUCAUUGCACCAUUUGGUCCCUAUUAAACCAUUCAUAAAAAUUGAACUCGAAGAAGGUUCAAGUGCUUACUGUUAUGGAUGCAGAAAAAGAAUAAGGGUACCUGCUGAAAAUGUUUAUUUCUGUGAAACUUGUAAAAAACAUUACUGUGACGGCUGUGACAUUUAUGUACAUAAUACAUUGCAUGUCUGUCCUGGUUGUGCAGUGAAACGAGAUGAAAAAAGAUAACUAAAAACUUUUUAUAAUUUGAUUUUAUUGUUGUAUAAUUAAUGAAUCUAUGAAUUAAACAUUA